AUGGCGGAAGAGCAGAGCCUCAGGAGGUGCGUCAACGUCGUGCCGAUACAGUCAUUGCGACACCGCUGUUUACGGCUGGUCAGUGCAGGUGAUCGCUGUAGUUACAGCCCCGCUGCCAGCAAAAUCCGAGAUGACGUCUCGUCUGUCAACGCGCUACGUCAGAACGGCAUACUAGCCGAUAGAAGUACGGCGUGGUCUACGUUGCUGGAUGGGGUGCAGGGAUAUUGCUCUCGUGUCCCACAGUUCCCCAAGCCUCCGGAUAUCCCCGGGCCUUGCCAGAGCAUUGCGAUGGCAAGAUGA